AUGGAAGAAAUGCAAAAUUCAGAUUAUGAGGAGUUUAUGGAAAGAUACCAAAAAAUGGAUAAUGAUAGGAAAUGGAAAUUAAUGACUGGAAGGAUAGUUGAAGACAAAAUUUCUGAUUUGCCAAAGUCUAUGCAUUUAGGUAUUACAUAUCCUACAGAGCCAAUUCUUAUUAAUGCAGCCACCAGUAUUCUACUUGUCAUUGAUGGUGGAAACAGAGGCGAGCUUGUGGCUAGGAUAAUCUUGAUACUUGUAAAAGAUUUAUAUUUGAAUCACUCUUUGACUAUUGAUGGUGAGGAUGUCAUACAAGUUAAAAAUCUUCAGGAAUCAAUUGAUCCCAAUUAUCCUCAAACUGCAACCAAUAAUCUUCAAGAUUAUCUUUUAUUUGAUGAUGCAAAGGAACAAAAUACACGAACUUACAUGCAUCCUGGUGAUAAUCCCACAAAACAACAAAAAUAUGCAGCAGUUUUAGGAUUUAGUGCUGAUAUAUAUCCAUUUUUCUUAGCAUUACCUGAAAAUAUAAUCAAUGAGUUGGAUUUGUUGUUAAAAAGUGAUAUGGACCAUGAGCAAAUCGUUGAAACAAUGCAAGACAUAAAACAUAAAAAAAUGUCUUCAAGAAGAUCAACAAUGUCAUAUAGAACCUCUUAUAGCUCAAUUAGUUCUGAAAUUAUUAGUGACAACAGAAGUGACAACAGAAACAGCAUCAAUAUUGAAUAUACUACAUCCAAACGAAGAAAAGAUUUUGAACACACUUUAAGGGACUGUGAUGAAAUAUUAAAUUUCAUUGUACGUGGAUAUGUGUAUGCAACCGAAGGUGCUGUUGAUUUAGAAGGAGUUGAACUUAUAGAUGUUGAGACUAAAUUGAAAAUAGAAAGAGAAUCAUUAGAAAAAAUUAUUGUUAAAUGCGAUGCAGGACAAGAAAUUGACUUUUUGGAUUCUCAUGAAGAAGAAGUAAAAAGAUUAAACAUAAUUUUUGAUGAUAGAAGCGAAAAAGAAAAAUAUUUUCAAAAUGAACAUUAUAAUGAAUUUAAACAAAAAGUUUGGGAAGUAAACCAUCAAGAUGAACCAAUGCCACCAUUAGAUGCUGAUGCAGAUGAUGAUAUUGUAGUUGGUAGACAAAAAGAGUCAUUAAAAUGCCCAAUCACUACCUUGUUAUAUGAAGAACCAGUCACAAGUAAUGUUUGUAAACAUACAUUCUCAAAAAGUGCAAUUUUACAACUGAUUUCACGCAAUAGAGAUGUUGUUUGUUGUCCAAUACCUGAUUCUUCUACUUCUAUUUCGUUUCGUGAUGUCGAUGAAGUUGAUGAUAUGAAACAUUUUAGUAGCAUUUACCUUUUAUAUUGCUCAAAAAUCGGUAUCCAAAUGUAUAACCCAGAUGCUACACCUACAACAGCAGCAAUUAAAAUUGGCGAAUGUCUGCCAAAAAAAAUGCUCAUGAUUUUUGAUUUACGACAAAAAUUUUUUGGAGAUCAACAUCGUGCAAACACGUGA